AUGAAUCUGGUUUCUCUUCAUUUCUUUGCAUGCAUCUAUCAGCCUAGUGAUUUAAGGAAGCAGCGUCGAAAGCUGCCAGCUUUAUGGGAAGAGGUAGGAGAUGACAAGACCACCAUCAAAUGUGAAACCUCACCCCCCGCCUCGCCACGGUCCCUUCGGCUGGACCGCCUGCACAUGGGGGCGCUGCACACAGCCACCCCCGAGGACAUCAGGGACGCCCGCAACUCGACAGGCUUUCAGGACAGCCCCGGGAACAACCCCAGCAGCAGCACCAGCAGGCAGGACUCGCUGCACAAAGCCCCGAAUAAGAAGGGCAUCAAGUCCUCCAUCAGCCACUUGUUUCACAAGAAGGAAAAGGGCGGGCCUGAACACCCUGGCAAGGAGGCAUUAGGACCAGGCAGGAUCUUUACCCCUAGUGCCACCUGGAAAGCCCCAGUGAACGCUGACAACUACAAAUGCAGGAAAUAAGGGCUGCUCCUAAGUUAAACUGGAAGAGCAGCAAGCACAGCUUGUAAAGAGGAAAACACACGAUGAGCGACAACAGUGCCGACAGAAACAAGGGAUGCGUUCACCCACAUAAAGAAAAUAUCUGUGCCAUUCGGAAGAGGAGCCCAUCAGCCUUUGGAGGGACAGUUGGAACCAGAAUGAAAACCGAGGCCAUGGUCAGCAGUGCCCACCACAUGGCCUGGGUGGCAUGCUGUCACUCACCAGAUUUCCUGCGUCCCCAGAGCUGCUGGCGGUAA